AUGGAUAAUCAAACCACGGUGCCUUACUUUUUGCUCCUGGAAUUCUCAAAAAAUCGGCAUCUGCAGCUCUUACAUUUCUUCUUGUUCCUUGUGUUAUAUCUGGCAACCAUAACAGCAAAUUUUCUCGUCAUCUCUGCAGUAGCUUUAGAUAAUCGACUGCAUAGUCCCAUGUACCUGUUUCUGAUGAAUUUGGCUGUGCAGGACCUGGGCUCAGUUUCUGUCAUUGUCCCAAAAUCUAUGGUGAAUUCCCUCAUGGACACCAGGCAGAUCUCUUACUUUGGUUGUGUGGCUCAAGUCUUUCUCUACAUUUCCAUUUCAGCUUGUGAUUUCUCAGUCCUCACAGUCAUGGCUUAUGAUCGGUAUGUUGCCAUUUGCAAUCCACUGCACUAUGAGAUGGUGAUGAAUUGGAAAGCCUGCACUGAAAUAAUAGUUUGGGUGUGGGUCAUCAGUUUUCUUUAUGGGGCGCUGCAUACCAGCCGCACCUUUUCUGUCUCUUUUUGUUCAAAUGUGGUCAACCAGUUUUUCUGUGAAAUUCCACAUUUACUAAAUCUAUCCUGCUCCAGCUUCAAUUCAGCUGAAGCUGGAGUUCUUGUGGCCGGUGCCAUUGCAGCACUAGGUUGUUUUACUUUUAUUAUUGUAUCUUAUGGCAUGAUCUUCAAGGCAGUCCUAGGAAUCCCUUCUGAGCAAGGAAGACAAAAAGCCUUGUCAACUUGUAUUCCCCACCUUUUAGUGGUGUCUAUCUUUUUAUUAACUGCAUGCUUUGCCUACCUGAGACCUUCCUCUGACUCCCCAUCUUAUUCAGAAUUUGGGUUGACUGUGCUGUAUUCCCUUCUUCCACCCCUGUUCAAUCCAAUCAUCUAUAGCAUGAGAAAUAAGAAUAUCAGAUUUGUCCUUUCUAAACUGUGGAGAGUCUGA